GUUGUGUACUUAAAAUUUAAUGUAUUGAAGUUAUCAGACGGAAUUCGAGGAUUGCAAAUGACUUUCAGAGCCGCAGCGGGACUCCAUUUAACACGAAGACGAUUUGGCCGAAUAUCGUGGUUGCUAACUUCACGCGUGUUGCCCACGAUGGUUGACAAAAAGGAAAUUCCGACCGAUGGAGCAAUAGGAUCGAUAGCAAAAAAAUUGGCCCUGAGCCGUAACUUAAUUUUUGGAAUAUCGGUGAACCGCGAUUCAUCGCUGGUAUAUUCUGCUCAUCGGCACUACUCAACCUUUGAGAAUAGCCAUACGGAAAUUCCAUCAAAACUAUUUCCACAAACCUCAAUAGAUCUUAAUGAUGAAAGUCGGAAGAGACAACAGCGCGAAGAGGAGGAGGAAAAGGCAGAGUUUGAGCGAUCGUGGAGACGAACAAAACUGGGAUUAAUUGCCUUUGGUAUGGGCGGUUUGCUGUUAUCAUUUUGGGCCAUAUAUUUUUUUGGACAGCCAACACUGGACGAGCAGGGAAUCGAGGCUGAUGAUGAGUUUAGCGAAUUGCCGCCAUUGCAACAAUAUAUCGGACGAUCCUGGAGGUAGGUGAACAAGUUUACGAAGUUUAUUCGAAAGCAUUCGAGUCAGAAAUUACUUCCAGAUUACUUGCAGCCGCCAUAUACCUUGGCACUCGAAGUUAAGGACGUCCUAAUACAUCCUGAUUGGACAUAUAAAACAGGCUGGCGCUUCAAGAAGCGCCCUGCCGUUGACUUGUUUUUGAAGGAAUGUGCCAAACACUUUGAGAGUGUCUACACGGCGGAAGAAGGAGUGACUGUAUUUCCUCUCCUCGACGCCCUCGAACACUUUGUUGAUGGCCACCACAUUAAGAAUCUGGACAAUCUGAGCCGCGAUCUGAAGCGUGAGGUAGUCGUCGACUGGGACAAGAACUCAACGAAGAUGCAUCCGAGAAACAUAUUUUCGAUACCCCGAUGGUUGGGAAACGAUGAUGACACGACACUGUUUGGUCUGGUGUCGUUUCUGAGUGUUCUCGGCAUCAGUGAAACCGAGGAUGUUCGUGAGCCGCUGCAUUACUAUAGUCAGUUAGAAGACCCCGUUGUCAAGUUCCGUGAAAACCAGCAAAGACUCAGUGACGAAAUGUUCUCCGAAGAGUUGGAAAAGUCAAACAAAUUACAGCCGCUGGUUAAAAAUUGGACUCGCUGGUUUCUCAAUAAUUAAAUAUUUGGUUUUAAC